GUAAAGUGAACGGGUCCAAAGUCCACAAUAUCUCUUGACUGGAGUUCAAUGUUCACAUUUUAGCGAAUGAAUAUGAAAUAUUAUUGGUAAUUGCUGCCCAGUUCUUCGCCUGUUUUUCCCUGUUCUAUAAAUAGACUUCGCAAAAGAACUAUUGAACUUUUGCUCCAAAUACGUUAAACCGGCAACUUUAUUUUUCGCAAUUCUUUUAUAAAUCAAUUUGAAAAUGUUGAAGAACGUUGUUACUAUGGUGACCGGAGGAGCAUCCGGCCUUGGCCGUGGAACUGUGGAAAGAUUCGCAAAGCAAGGAGCUAAAGUUGUUAUCGCCGACUUGCCGUCUUCUCAGGGCGCCUCUUUUGCUUCGAGUCUUGGAGAUUCUGCCAUUUUUACACCAGUGGAUGUGACCUCUGAGGCCGACAUUCAGAAAGCACUCGAUGCAACGAAGGAAAAAUUCGGGAAAUUGGACGUUUUGGUAAACGCCGCUGGUAUCGCCGUUGCCUUUAAAGUCUACAAUUUCAACAAAAAUAAGCCCCAUCUUCUGGAAGAUUUUCAAAAGGUGGUCAACGUAAAUCUCGUCGGCAGCUUCAACGUGAUCAGACUCGCGGUUGGUUUGAUGGGCGUGAAUGCGCCAAACGAGGACGGUCAACGAGGUGUUGUGAUCAAUACCGCAAGUGUGGCCGCCUACGAGGGACAAAUUGGACAGGCUGCUUACUCUGCUAGUAAAGCCGGAGUUGUGGGAAUGACCGUUCCCCUGGCUCGCGAUUUGUCCACCCAGGGAAUCCGGGUUUGCACGAUUGCUCCGGGUCUCUUCGACACGCCAAUGCUCCAAGCUCUGCCGCAAAAGGUUCGCGAUUUCCUCGCGCAAACGGUCCCGUUCCCGCAGAGACUGGGAAAGCCCGACGAGUACGCCCAGCUGUGCCAGACAAUCGUUGAAAACCCACUGCUGAAUGGAGAGACGAUUCGUCUCGAUGGAGCUCUGCGUAUGCAGCCUUAAGUCAUUUUUGAAUGGAGUUUGGAAAGCGGUGAUAUCAUGUUAUAAGCAUUUAAAUCCCUGGAGUUUAGCUCAGUUAAAGUCUCCAUUUUAUAAAGAGGAAAA